GUUUCGGUUUCGGGACACGCCACGUGCGCCGCAGUGUGUAUUUAUAGUGGGAACGCGGCCAAAAGCAGCGCGUGUCACCGCCGACGAGAACGUGUGGUGCCCGCGACAUCCCGUGGGAUAUCGCGAACGACACGCGUGGAAAGUUGUUUUUUUUCUGGUGACAAGCCGGGAUAAGAAGACGCCCGGCUCCACUCAGAGCCGAUCGGAGACCGUUCCUACCGCGACGGUGUGCCCCGAAUGCAUCGAUCUGGUGGAUUACCCGAGACACGCGCCCCGUGUUGGUGAUUUCCACCGCGAGUGCUGGUUUGUGUCCCUUGUGCGUCGACGACGGUUGUGUGACACGGCGCGUGUCGGUCCCGAGGAGGAUGCCGCCCAGCUGAGCCACGGGAACAUGCUCCUGCUCGACCGCCGCCGUCGCUCCGGCUGCUCUUCGCGGAUGAAACUGAAUGGGACCGCCGAUCGUUGUUGGAGCGUCGAAGAACGUGACGAGGCGUGGAGCGAAGUUUCGUCGACGGCAUCGUUACCGAGACAAACGGAUUCUAUCUAGUCAGUGUCCGUGGGGAACCAGGUCAGCUGUGAUAACGCGGGACUCCCGUGCUACGGUGGAACCCGUUCUCAGCGGCGACGGUCUAUAGAAUCGUCGCGUGAAGUUCUGAGUAGGAACAGUUUUUAAGUUAAUCGACACGUGUGUCCGUGGAUCACGGACAGAUUAUUUGUUGAUCGUGACUCGUGGGACGACAAUGGUUACCUUGGACACCGAGCAGAAGCCCGAGAGGCAGCACUGCGGCCGCCGCAUGUGCGCCAUUUGUAGACGCAUCAAGCGCGACAAAGCGCUGAAGGUGAAGCUUAUGCUGAGGCGGCCGAUAAACCAGCUGGUUGCGCAAGGCAUCAUGCCACCUCUUAAGACACCACCAGCGUUUCACGAGCAACGCAAGCAGCUGGAGCGGGCGAAGACCGGGGAUCUGCUGAAGGCGAAGAUCCAGCAGAGACCAGGCCGGGAGGAGCUGGUCAGGCAGCACAUCCUCGAGGAUGUGGGUCACGUGGAUCCGAGCCUGGCCGAGAGACAGCGUAUGCUGAAGAAGGCCAGGCUGGCCGACCAACUGAACGACCAGCUCAGUCAUCGACCUGGACCGCUCGAGCUCAUUCAAAAGAAUAUUCUCCAUACGGAGGAGCCCAUUGAAAGGGCGGUCAAAGAGGGCCACAUUCCCUUCAAGGCCACCUGCGAGGGCCAAGUAACGAAGCCCCAGCACCCGGACCACUACAUCACCUUCGAGGACGACUCCCAGAGUUCCGAAGGAGCGCCAUCGCCGCAGCUGGAGUCGUCCCGGUCGGACGUUCUGGAGACGGCGGCCGCGUCCGCUGGGAUCGUUACCGUUUCGCUUAGUAUUCCGACGACCGGCGGUGCCGUGGUCGUCUCGUCCACGUCGCCGGUCUUCCAGCAGGCGUCGAACGAGUCGACGAUACAAACGUUCGCCGAACUCUGCAACACCGUUGUCAGCUCCCAGCAGCAGCAACAGCAGCAGCAGCAGCAGCAGCAGCAGCAACACCAACAGCAACAGCAACAGGUCCAGCACAGUCAGCAGCAUGCUUCCACGCAGGCGAGUCAGACGAACGGUCCAUCGACGACCCUCCUUCCACUGGCGCCGGCGCCCAGUCCGAUGUCCUUGGGCUCGACGACGUCCAGCCUGAGUCCCCUUUCCAAUAUCUCGAUAGCGUCGCCCCCGGCACCACCGCCGGCCGCCAUCACCCCGAGACCGCAGCCGAGCCCGAUCGCCGCGUCCACGUGUCAGAGGAGCGACGCGCCCGGCAAGGAUAAGAACAGGAAGAAGUCGAAGACCAAGAGCCAACCGAAAACCCGCACUAUCAAGUUCCACGAGUACAAGGGCCCGCCAAACGCACAGAAGACAUCGGUGUCGUCGACGACUUCCGGCCUCGGCUCGGCACCGCCCGGCGAGACCAGCUACGAGCUGCUGCUCCAGCAGCAGCAGCUCUUCCUGCAAUGGCAGCUCGAAUGGCAGCACAAGUAUCCCCAGAUCAUCCUACCGGCAGCACAAAAGCCAUUGUCCCUCAACAGCAGCGGCGCCAGCGAUGCUGGGAGCAUCAGCGGAAGCAGCGUGAACGCGCCCAGCCCUGCUCCCUCCAAUUCCUCGAACAACCCCUCGGAACAGCCGCCGCUGAGGCCCUUGGGUAAACUCGAAGAAAUGAAAGUAAGCGAUCUCAAAGUGGAACUGAAGCGUCGAAACUUGCCGGUGUCUGGCUCGAAGCCACAACUGAUCGAGAGAUUAAAGCCGUUCACGGAAUUAUCCAGCAGUAACUCGACGUCUAGCUCGAAUGGACCGCACGUGACGCACAUGGGCCACAUAUUGAUGGACACCCCGGGGCCAGUCACAUCCGACGAGUCUAGCUCCCAUGCCAAGAGCCCUGGCUCCGCCAUUAAGGAUGAGCCCAACAGCCCGCGGAUAGAUUCACCACAUGGCAGCGAGCAGGACGAUCCGUCGAGCCCGCCAGGAGACGACAUAAUCAAAGAGCAAAGAAAGCGGAUAGAGGAGUUGCAGCGCGAGCUGUACAAGUCGCAGCAGCAGCUCCAGCAAAUACGUCAGACUCAGCCUACGACCGUUCACGCUGAGAAACUGGUACUUCAACAACACAUACAGAACAAGAUGCAGCAGCAGCAAUUAGCGUUGCAUCUGCAACACCUGCAGCACUUGCAGCAACAACAAGCGCAGCAGCAACAGCAGCAGCAGCAACAGCAGCAACAACAACAGCAGCAACAGCAGAGUCAACAGCAAGCUCAGCAGCAAACGCAGCAACAGCACGCUGCGUUCCAGCAGUUGAACGCGAAGGCUAGUCUCGCGGCGUACUUGCAGGCGCAGCCGAAUAACACCGCUAUUUUAGAUUCUUCGACUUUGACUGCUAUCAACAAUAAGAAGAAUCAAGCUAAGAACAGCGCUACCGUCCAAAUCCCCACUGCGAUCGUCUUGAAUCUGGCGAAACCUGCGAAACUGAACGGCUCUCUUCUUGGUGCUUUGGUGGCGCAGGCGCAAGCCCAGCAGCAGCAACAAACUGUUGCCGCUGAAGAUGGGAAACCACCGCCACCUCAAUACGACGAAGCUGCGAAGCUUCUCAAAGUGAAAAUCGAGCCAGUGCAGAAGAACCACAUCAAAAGCCAGGUCGUCGAUGACGUGCUAGAGAUUCUCAUAAAGAAUGGAGAACUGCCGCCCAGCGCAGCGCAGGAUCCAGCGACUCCGACGACCCCGAACAGGCAGCUCCAGCAGAAUCUGGUGUUCACGGCGCCGGCGGACAGCCAAACUCACUCGUUGGUGUUUACCGCUGCUAGUCCGAUCAGCCCGAUCAGCCCGAUCGCGAUGGAGGUCUCCCAGAGUGAUUGCGUGAGUUCUCCGGCAACGAUACCGCCACCACCGCCCCCGUUGCCCCUGGCAACGUUCUCCAUUCAACUGCCCAGUGCAUUACAACAGUUACAGCAGCAAGAGGAGAUGACGUCGUUCAACACGGACCUCCUGACUUCGGAAGCGGAACUGGAGACCGCGAUGCUACUCAGCCCCCAGUCGGUCCAUCAAGCGUCGCCCGAUCCUCAACCGCCACAGGAGGUGACAUCUUCGGACAACGCUAACUUAGAUCUUAAGGAACUCGGAUUAGACCUAGAAACCCUAGACACUAUGGACUUCGGUCAGCUAGAAUGCGACUUAGGCGUCAAGAUGGAGGCACCGCAAGAGCUGAUGGACAUCGGAGACAUGCCCAUGGACAUGGACGACCAGGACUGGUUGGAUUCUCUGAUGCCACAGUCUCCUCCAGCGGCUUCCACAACGACGUCCAAUCAUCAGCCCGCGUCGUCCAUGAGCCUCUCAUCCGGGACGGACAUCUACGACCCGUUACUAGCCAGCAGCCAGGACCCGUUCGAUCUCUUCAACAUGGAGGACACAGACUUCAAGAUGUCCACCGAUCUGUCGCUAACCUGGGACAAGGUCGACUUCGCGACCUAGCCCGGGAUUCAGCCUUGGAGCUCGGCCUUGUGUACUUAACCGGCGAUGGGUAACUGGUCGGGGACGAACCGAGGCCACACAAGUGCUACACGCGUGUUGUGAAUCAUGUCUGUGACUGUUUGGUGCAUUUUUCUACGACCCGUUUCCGCAGCAGAUACUUGCCUCUCGGAUGAUGCGCAUACACGCGACAGAUCUGGGACGCUGAACGUACUUAUUCUACGCAGAACUUGUUACGCUUCUCGAACGAACCGGGCGGAGGACUUUCGUACGUAUUAGGAGUAAAUAGCUGUACAAUUUUCACGAGCGAGAUUUUAGGUGAGUAAUUGAUAACCGCGUUCCAAGAACGGUGCCGAAGAUCCGCGACGAGAGACCGCGAGGCCAUCGUUUUUAACGGGAUUUUUCUAGAGCAUAAUUGCCACGAGUGCACGAACACACUUCGGUCUUCCUCGGUCAGUAGAGUAGAACCAAUGUUGCACGGGAUGCUCUCUCGUUUCGCGACGUCGAUCGCGGGGAUCGUUUCUCCUUUGAACGACGUCGGUCCUUCACGGAAACGAUCAUAACCUGUAUGCAUCUCGCGAU